AUGGGGGUCACAAGCCUACAGGUCUCUUCUUUAGCUCUCGGAAUGUCUGCCCUUGCUCUGCUGAUUAUCUCGAACCUUACAGACUGCUGGAGGAGUGAUGCAAAGGAUCCUCAUUCUUCUGUUGGCUUGAGCUGGCGUUGUCGAGGCCUGUGGGGUGAAUGUAUCUAUGACAUCACAGCAGCUUACUGGACCUGUGAUAUGCCAAACUCCGUUCUAGGGCAUCUUCCCACUGAUGUGGUGAUCACCCGGGUCUUGGUAAUCGUGCCCGGUGUGGCUUGUAUCGUGGCUGUGCUGUUCCUUAUUGGUGGGAUGAAAUGCACCAAACCCAGUGCAAAAACUGCCUGGAAUGGGCACAUGCCAGGCUUUCAGUGGGUAUAUCUGCCAACAGGUAUUGUCGGCAGCAUUGGCAUGAGUUGGUAUGCAGCUGAAACUAUCGUUAAGUACAGGUUUGAGGUUAGCUUCGGGGUGCCUGGAAUCACAUAUGAGCUCGCCUAUUCUUACUGGCUGGCCUCUACUGGAGUGUUGUGCAUGUGUCUAGCCGGAGUCCUGCUUGUGUCGACGCACUGUCCCAAAAUCAACAGAUCCAGCGAAGGGAAAAAGAGAAACCCCACAUUCCGAUUUCUAACUGACCAGAGCAAACAUGCCUUGCCAGCAUCCUUACCUGAUAUUGGCAAAACAUACGUCUAACAAGAGGUUCAGUAAGCUGAACUUUCCAGAGGGUCUCACCGUUUGCAGUAUAAUGCUACGCUUUGUGUUUAUCUGGCCACUGGUUGAGAAAUAUAUAGUGGAACUUAUUUUGUAUUCAGUCAUUGUCAUAGGGUUGUACAGACAUUUUGGUCCAACUAGUCCAUGCCGAUCAGAUGCCCCAACUUAAUCAGGUCCCAUUUGCCAGCAUUUGGCCUAUAUCCCUCUAAACCUUUCCUAUUCAUCUGCCCAUCCCGAUGCUUUUUCAAUGUUGUAAUUGUACCAGCCUCCACCACUU